AAUUUCUACUGCAAUUAAUGUAAAUAUCACAGAUUAAGCUCGUAUUUCAUGUAUAUCCAUCUAAUCAUGGCUGUAUUCAUUUUUCAAUGGCAAUUAAUGCAAAUCUCUGAUCAAGUUUGUACAUACUUCUAAUCAUGGUUACUUUAUUAUAAUGUUACCACAUUGUUACAUAGUUCAAAAUGUUUUACUCACUGUAUAUAAUUUUCAUGAUGAAUGGGGCAGGGGCCGCUGCGCGGCCUAGGCACCCAGUUUUGCUUAAUUCCCCCCUCUUAUAUUAGUAUUUCACUUGUUCUUCUGUUGUGUCUUGAUUAAGUUUUUAAACUGUUUGAUUCACCGGGUCGUUAUGGACGGAUAUUUAAAGAGAAAACAUGUUGAAACUGAAGAUGAACCAAAGAGGAAAGGUUUGUUCCAGGAGGGAAACUUUCCAGAGUAUUGCUAUCCAAUUGGUGAGGACUUAUUCGUUUUGGCCAGCACGUAUAACAAGAAAUCAGCCAUUCAUAUACGAAGGUUUAACAGAUAUGGAGACUCAUACUAUCCUUCAGAAUAUGGUAUAACUCUACAGCCUGAACAGUAUAAUGCUUGCUUUUGUCAUGAUCCACCGACAUGUAUCUUCGGCAUUGCAGACAUCAACAUGGCUUUGGAAGAGAUCCCUCCAGCUAAUCCCCGUGAAAAAUUUUAUGUACUGAUGAAUGACGAGGGAAAGUAUCUGCUAGUGGACGAAUAUACCUGCAGAAGUGAUCGCGUAUACAAGCACGAGACGGAAAUCAGUUUCAAACAGUGGAGAGAACUACAGAAGUGUCGAGAUAGUGUGACAUUAGGCUAUAUUAAUUUAAAAUACAGGUCCGUGGACUUUUUGAACAUUUUUCAAGAAUCCACCCAUCAACAGUGUCCAGUGGUGCCAAAGAAUUCAGACAUCAACGAAGCGGGUCCUGUUAUGAAAGAUUGCCUGAAAAUUGUGCUGUAUAAACAUAUUAGACUGAAGAAAGGUCUGAAGCCAGUAGACAGGUCUGCUGACUUUCUAGACCAGGUUGUGUGCAGUGUUCACGAUUUCAAUGAAUCUUGCUUAGACUUACAUGUGGAGAAUAUUGCUCUGGAUUUUAAUAAUGAACUAAGUGAACGAAGGCUGUUUAGACAAUACCUUAAAGACUUUUUGUGUGAAGCUUUUUUGAGAGAAAUUAAAUUAGAUACUUUAUUAACUGCUGCUAAAAAUGAUUUUUGCAAAUAA